AUGGAAAAGAUAGUCAAAUUAAGUCUUAAGUCAGAAAAUGAUUGUUUUUUAAUCCGUGAAGUAAAUAGACACAUAGCCAAAGCUAAAAAUUGCAUUAUAAUUACUGGAGCAGGCAUAUCAUGUAGUGCGGGAAUUCCUGAUUUUAUAAGUUCAGACGGUCUUUACAAUAUGAUAAAAAGUCAAUAUCCGGGUGUUUUUCGUUCGGGCAAAGAUUUAUUUGAUGUUCAAUUGCUUAGAACUCAUGAUACUAUUAAGAGAUUUAAUCUUUUCAUGGGUAUAUUAAAAGAAUUAAUUGUAAAUGCUAAACCCACAGCCACUCAUUCUUUUAUAAAAAAAUUGGCAGAUAUGAAAAAAUUAAAAAGAGUGUAUAUACAAAAUAUAGAUAAUCUUGAAGAAUUAGUAGGAUUUGAUGUUAAUUGGCAAUUUGAAAGAGUAAAAAACUGCAAAGUUCAAGUAGUCCAAUUACAUGGAACUUUGUCAAAAUUACGAUGUAAUGCUUGCACAAACAUUUGUCUAUUUACACCGCAAUAUUGUGAGAUUUUCAAGGAAGGUGGAGCGCCAAAUUGCCCCGAAUGUGUAGAGAGAGGGAGACGACCACAUUUUAUUGGUCAAUUAAAACCAACAGUAAUCCUUUAUGGUGACACACAUCCUAAAGGGUUAGAAAUAAGCCAAAUAGCUAAACGCGAUCAGGAUAAAGCUGAUUGUUUAUUAAUAAUGGGAACCUCUUUAAGAAUUCCUGGAGUAAAAGAUCUUAUUAAGGGUUUUGCAAGAGCGGUUCACGGUCAUGACAGUUGCAUAAUAUUGGUUAAUGUCACGGAUGUAGCUAAUAAAGGAUGA